GGCAGUCAUUCUCAGUGCCAAUGUGUGUGUGUGUGUGAGUGAGCCAGGGUAGCCAGGUAUGGGCGAGAGCGGAGAUGUCUCUGAGUGAGGGAGCACGAGAGAGACGUGAAGUUGUGAAGGAGUUAAAGAGAGGGAUUUUGGAAGGACGGAUAUAUUUGACACCUUACAUGGCGAACCUGAAGAAGUUUAUGGAGUAUGUACAGCAGAGGAACAUCGAAAAGGUGUCCAAGUUCCUGGAGAAAGGUCUGGACCCCAACUUCCACGACCCUGAAUCGGGAGAAUGUCCUCUGACCAUGGCGUCUCAGCUGGAGGGCUGUGCAGACCUCAUCAAGGUGCUGAAGAGUGGAGGAGCUCACCUGGACUUCAGGACCCGAGACGGCAUCACUGCACUGCACAAGUCUGUCCGCACCAAGAACCAUACGGCCCUCAUAACGUUGCUGGACCUGGGUGCGUCUCCUGACUAUAAGGACAGUCGGGGGUUAAGUCCGCUUUAUCACAGCUCUAUGGUAGGAGGAGACCCCUACUGCUGUGAACUUCUGCUCCACGACCACGCUCAGGUGGGCUGUGUGGACGAGAACGGUUGGCAGGAGAUACACCAGGCAUGCCGUCAUGGUCAUGUUCAGCACUUGGAGCACCUGCUGUUUUACGGAGCCGACAUGACUGCUCAGAACGCCUCUGGAAACACCGCCCUUCACGUCUGUGCCCUCUACAACCAGGAUAGCUGUACCAGAGUUCUACUGUUUCGGGGAGCGAAUAAAGAGAUCAAGAACUACAACAGCCAGACAGCCUUUCAGGUGGCCAUUAUAGCAGGAAACUUUGAUCUGGCUGAAAUCAUCAAGAUCCACAAAGUGUCAGACGUUGUGCCUUUCAGGGAGACCCCCUCCUACACCAACCGUAGACGUGUGUUGGUGGGAGGACUGCCCUCGCCCCGCUCCCUGCUGCGCUCCGCUAGCGACAACAACCUCAAUGGGGACAGCAGUCAAGGUCUGGGUCAAGGUCUGGGGCAGGGUCAUGGUCGACAGGGUCAGUCUCCUGUCCCCUCUCUGAGGAGCCUGCCUGCACUGGGACAACACCAACAACACGCUAGCCUGGGGGAGACUCGUCAUGGAGAGAUGCCAGACAGCAGUCUCCAGAGCACAGGCAGCUCUCGCUCCUCCCACUCCCGCUCUCCCUCGCUACACAGUCAUCUGCAUGAGGGCGAUCAGGGCAUCAGGAAGACACACGGACACCCUCUAGGACACGUCCCUCGAGGACGGCUCAGCCCGGGUACGGUGCAGCGGGACCCCAGUCCCCCCACCCACACCCCUCCUGCCAUUGCCGGUGCCAGCGGGCCCAAGCGGAAACUCUACAGCGCCGUACCGGGACGUACCUUCAUCGUGGUCAAACCAUACACGCCACAGGGUGAGGGAGAGAUCCAGCUGAACCGUGGAGAGAGAGUGAAAGUGUUGAGUAUAGGAGAAGGAGGUUUCUGGGAGGGCACGGUCAAAGGGAGAACAGGCUGGUUCCCUGCCGACUGUGUGGAAGAAGUUCAGAUGAGACAGUAUGACCCUCGGCUAGAGACAAGAGAGGACCGCACCAAGAGACUGUUCAGACACUACACUGUGGGAUCUUACGACAACGUCACCUCAAUACAGUGCCAUUCUGAUUACAUCAUAGAGGAGAAGAAUGCUAUGCUGCAGAAGAAAGAAAACGAAGGCUUCGGCUUCGUACUGCGGGGAGCCAAAGCUGAGACGCCUAUUGAGGAGUUCACCCCAACACCUGCAUUCCCUGCCCUCCAGUACCUGGAGUCUGUUGACGUGGAGGGAGUGGCCUGGAGGGCUGGGCUUAGGACAGGAGACUUCCUCAUAGAGGUGCACGGAGUGAACGUGGUGAAGGUGGGCCAUAAGCAGGUGGUGUCUCUGAUCAGACAGGGGGGCAACAGCCUGCUGAUGAAGGUGGUCUCUGUCACACGCAAACCUGAGUCCGAGGACGUGGUCCGCAAGAAAGCUCCCCCGCCACCCAAGAGAGCCCCCAGCACCACUUUGACACUGCGCUCCAAGUCUAUGACCGCCGAACUGGAGGAACUGGCUUCCGUCCGGAGGAGGAGAGGAGAAACGCUAGAUGAGAUGCUAGUGCCUCAGGAGCCUGUGACGUUACGUUCCCAGCCCACAGAGGCAGACUACAGAGCUGCUACUGUCAAACAGAGACCUACCGGCAGGAGAAUCACACAAUCAGAGAUCAGUUCGUUGUUUGAGAGGCAGGGCAUGGCAUUACAUGGUGGGCUCCACCCAAGGAUGGAGAGGGCUCAUAUGCAGCUGCCUAGAGGGAUGUCCAGGACCAAGUCAUUCGGUGCGACUGAGGAGGACCGUCUGUCGGUGUUGGCUGGAGAACACCGUUUCCCCCGGAGCUCCUCCAUGACGGACAGCCUCAGAGACCACUCCCACUCCCAUUCUAUCCCGCCCCCUCCCCAGACCGCACCUCCUCCUCCCCCUUCCCUCUACUACCUGGACACUGGCCCUCCUCCUGCUUUCUGCCCCCCUCCUCCCCCUGCCAGGGGUCAUGGUCAGGGUCAUGACCCUGCAGGUCGUUCCAGCUUCAAGCCCUCCUCCCUGGACCUGGACCGGCCCUACGACCCAUCGCCCCGCCAGUCCUCCCAUCUCGAACGCCAGAAGAAGACAAGGUCAAUGAUUAUUCUACAAGACUCCUCCCACUUACCCGUGGAGCCCUCCGACAUCCCCCGACCCUCUGCCUCCGCUACACCACCCGAGCGAAUUAAAAGGAAAGGACGGGUGAUUGACAACCCGUACGCCAAUGUGGGCCAGUUUAGUAUUGGGUUGUACACGCCCACCAAGCCCCAGCGCAAGAAGAGCCCUCUGGUGAAACAGCUACAGGUAGAGGACGCUCAGGAGAGAGCCAGCAUCGCCUUGGCUGCCGCCCACUCCCGAGAGCCCUCCCCCUCAGGUCGACACCCACACACCCACGGCCACACACACACCAGCCGGGCCGACUACUACCAGCAGCAGCUGAUGGUGGAGCGCGAGCGUAUGCGUCUCCAGGGAGAGGCCCUGCUACAGGGGAAAGGUCCGUUCGCUGCCGCUAUCGCCGGCGCUGUGAAGGACCGAGAGCGCCGUCUAGAGGAACGGAGGAAAUCAACAGUCUUCCUGUCGGUGGGGACCAUGGAGGGGGGGUCUGGGUCUGUCCCUGAGGCCCCCUCCUACACCACAUCUCGCUCCAUCGAUGAGCGCCUGCUCAGCAGAGAACUAGGCCAGCUGCCACCCCCCGCCCUGGCCCUGCGCCCCUCACCUGGCGGCACUACCUUCAUCCACCCACUCACAGGGAAGCCCCUGGACCCUAACUCACCCCUUGCUCUUGCGCUGGCCGCAAGGGAGCGGGCACUUACCUCCCAGAGCCAGUCCCCUGCCAGCAGCCCUGAGCCCAGGACUAAACAGGACAGGGCUGGUGUUGGAGGUCAGGGGGCUUCGCUUUUCAUCGAAAGCCAGACCAAAGAGCCUCAGCAUGGGGGCGGGAGGCCGGGGUCGCCCCAGGCUGGUAAAUCCCAGUGGGCAGUGUCAUCACCCGCCUUGCUUCGCCAGGAGAUGGAGGGAAGAGGGGAGGAGAGGAAGGAGGAGAGGAGAACGGAAGAUAAGAAGAGUAUGUUGAUCAGUAUCAUGGACACAUCACAACAGAAGACAGCUGGACUAAUCAUGGUCCAUGCCACCAGUAAUGGCCAGGCGGUGGGGCUGGGACCAGGGCUGGAGCAAACCCCCACCUCCCCAGCCACUGAGCCCAGUAAACCCUCCCUCAGUCGGGCUCUGUCGCCCAGCCCCUCUGCCUCUCAGCCCCAGGCCCAGGGCCCUUCCAGCCCAGCCCAGGCUCCCCUGGCCCAGGGCAGUUCAGAGGAAGACGUGGAGCCCUACACAGUGAGCCUACCUCCAGCCAUGUUGUCCUCCAGUGAUGAAGAGACCAGAGAGGAGCUGAAGAAGAUCGGGGUGCUCCCACCUCCAGAUGAGUUUUCCAACGGGUUGUUGGCCAAUUCACAAGCCCAAGCCCAUGGGACCCCUGUACCCCAGUCUAAAUCCACCACUUCCCCUACAACCCCUACUCUCCUCACCCCUUCCACCACCACCCCAAACCCCAGCCUGACCCCCACCUCCAGCCUGACCCCCACCCAACCCCAGGGCCCUCCCCUCCAGCCUACUCCCGGAGGAGCAGUCAUCUCAGGGAAACCCUCAUACCCGGACCAGCCCCAUCCUCCAGCCCUGCUGGCUGAGUCUGGUUCAGCAGCAGACUCUGGUGUGGAGGAGGCAGACACACGCAGCUCCAGUGAGAGAGAGCGAGACCACCAUCUGGAGACCACUAGCACUGUGUCCACCGUCUCCAGCAUGUCCACUCUGUCCUCAGAGAGUGGCGAACCCGCUGACACACACACAUCCUACGCCGACGGGCAGACCUUCGUGCUCGACAAGCCGCCAGUGCCUCCCAAGCCCCGGCUCAAGUCUCACAUUGGAGGCAGUAAAGGCCCGGUCACCUUCAGGGACCCGCUGCUGAAGCAGAGCUCUGACAGCGAGCUGUUAUCCCAGCAGCAGGCGGCUGCUCUAGCCGCAGCAGCUGCCGGAGGGGCAGGGCUGGGGCAUGGAGGCCUAGGGUCUGGAGGCCUGGGGCAUGGAGGCCUCGGGUCUGGAGGCCUGGGGCAUGGAGGCCUCGGGUCUGGAGGCCUUGGGCAUGGAGGCCUCGGGUCUGGAGGCCUAGGGUCAGGCUCUAUAUCUGGCCUGGUGGGAGGCCCCGGGAGGCCCCGCUACCUUUUCCAGAGGAGGUCCAAGCUGUGGGGGGACCAGAUGGAGGCGCGAGGACCCGGGGUGGGGUUAGGGAUGGGGAGUCUGGGAAGUCUAGGGGGGUUGGGGUUGGGGCUGGGGGGUGAGGAGGGGGGGAAACCAUCGGUGAUGGGGGAACUAAGUUCCAGAUUGCAGCAGCUGAAUAAGGAUACCAGGUCCCUGGGGGAGGAGGAGCCACUGGGGUCAUCGCUGGACCCUGGGAGGAAGUCCCCUGUGACAGGCGCCAGACUUUUCAGCAGUCUAGGAGAGCUCCACACCAUUUCCCAGAGAAGCUACGGCACCACCUACACCAUUCGGCCUGGCAGCCGCUUUCCCGUUACACGCCGCACUCCAAGCCCUGGCUCGGGCUCCCCGGAUCGGGGUGACCCCCUCAGUCGACUCCCAGGCUUCGGCCUACCCACCUCACCCACCACGCCGCACCACACCAUCCUCAAGUCGUCCAGCCUCAGCCUGCACCAUGAGCCCAAAGAGGUACGCUUCGUUAUGAGGAGCUCCAGCGCCCGGUCCCGCUCCCCCUCCCCGUCCCCUUGUCACUCCCCCGGGCUGGGCUCGCCCCUCCUGGCCCUCAGGCCAUUCCACCAGAAGCCCCUCCACCUGUGGAACAAGUACGACGUUGGAGACUGGCUGGAGAGCAUCAACCUGGGGGAGCACAGGGCUGGCUUUCAGGAGCAUGAGAUCGAGGGCUCGCACCUCCCGGCACUCACCAAGGACGACUUCGCUGAGCUGGGGGUGACGCGCGUGGGACACCGCAUGAACAUCGAACGAGCACUUAAACAACUGCUGGAGAGCUGACCCCUGCAAUGAGAGAGAGAGGGAGAUAGAGAGGGAGAGAAAGAAAGGGAGAUGGAGAGAGAUAGAGAGAUGGGGAGA